AUGCCUGCAAUCGGUCUUUCUUGGCCUGGGAUUGGGAUGGUAGCUGUGGGUACAGUGGUGGUACUUUGGGCUAUGUUAAGGAAGUUACAAACCCUCAGCAAUGAUCCCAAUGCGCCACGCUGCCUUCCAUACUCACUACCGUUCCUGAAAAGUACCAUCCCAUUUGUGCUCGAUGGACCAAACUUUUUCCGUUGGGCCUCCUGCUAUUGCCAGGACCGUUGGCCAGUGCGGGUAAAUCUUCUGAAUGGUGAGGUCUAUAUAGUCCAAGGGGCUAAAAACAUCGCUGCCAUUUUCAGCAAGCCCGGCCUUACAGUUACCCGAGCAUAUAGCAUUGCACUGAAACAUUGCUUUGGGAUGGAGCAGAAAGCCGCUGAUGUCUAUCUCGCUGAUACUUCGGGCUCCUGGCAUCGACUAUCCCCGGCAGCCAAACGCCGUGGCACGGCCGUGUGA